AUGGCUAGGGACGACGACGCGGAGCCUGCGCAGAUUCUCGAACACGUGUUCCUUGGCUCUCGGAUGCAUGCGCGCGACAAGGAGCUGUUGCAGCGUCACCGUAUCACCCACAUCUUAAAUGUAACACCCCCCAAGAAAAUGGAUCCGGUGGCUGGAGUUCCCAAUUUUUUCGAGAAGGACAAGAUCUUCACGUACCGACGCUGCCCCAUCUUCGAUAACAAGGCGGAGGACAUUUCCGGGGUGCUGGAAGGCUGCAUCGCCUUCAUGGAUCAAGCCAAAUUCUAUGUACGGCGUGUGAUGUGUAUUCUCCCCUCUUUCAUCUCUUGUCGGUGA